AUGGACGCAAGCUCACUCCCAGAGUUCAAGAUCCUCUCCCAUCCAACGAAAUGGGACGGGAUCGACUAUGAUCAACAACAACAACAACAAUCGUCAACAACAGACGACGAUAUCACCCUCAAUGCGACCUCAUCAUGGACAUACUGCGGGCCCCUCCUCCCCCUGAACGCAAAGAACCUGCCCUCCUCAUUCCAUACCUGGGCCCAGGCUACCGUCAACGGCUCAAUCGUGGACCCAUUAUUCUCGUUUCUGGAAUUUGUCCACGAAUUCCUCGCAGCAAAUGAUAUAUCAACCUACUGGCUGACAAUACGCGCAAGCCAAGGCUCCGACGAAUUCGAUGUUCCGCGAUGGCACACGGAUGAUUUAUUCUUUUCACCGGGGGCAUCCAAUACCCCCGAAUCCCAGUCCAAAUCCAUCUCCAAAUCCAAGUCUCAAAACCGCCGAUCUCUACUCCCCUCCUUCACCAACGCGACCAAAUUCCACAAACGAACAACAUCUCAUCUCUCCCACUUCCGCAAACCAAGCAAAGACUACAAUUCAUCUACGAGCGUGAAUACCGAAACCACAAACGAAAAACAACCAACACCAACACCCCCCUCCGUCCAAAUAACCAGUUCCACCCCCAACCCCACAAACUGGAAACUCACCACCACCCUCCUCGGCCCAGGAACACUCUUCAUCGCACCACACCUCAACGCCCAAGCCCGCGCCCUCCAACGAACAACCAAAAUGACCAUCCGCUCCGCAAACCCAGAUCACAUCUGCCUCUCCAUCCGCUGCGUAGGAUGUGCGUCAGCCGCAGAGUCUGUACGGGCUACACUUGCCGCAGCGCUGGGCGGGUACCGCAAUCAAUGCAACGGUGACGGCGAUGGAACUGGUCAUUGCGGUGAUGGUGAUUUAGACGGGAAAGGCAUUAUCCAGGCCCAACAAGGCGAAUGUGUAUUCUUCCGCGUUGGCGAGGAUGAAGGCGCGGUGCACUCGGAACCGAUGUCCCAUGGGGAUCGGGUGUUUGUUAAUGUUGUGCCGGGUUGUGAGGAGGAUUUGAGGUGUUUGAUGGCGAAGUGGGGGAUGGAGUAUCCGAGGGCUUGGUGUGUGGGGUUACCGUUUCAGGGGGUUGAGGGGGGUUGUUGGAGGAAUGUUGGUGAGGUUUGA